AUGGAUAAUAAGCCGGUGGUAAAGUCUUGUAAGACGCAAAGAAAAGAAGCUCGGUUAGCGAAGAAGAAGAAAAGUGCAUUGAAGGCUGUGAAACGAAAAAAGGAUGUAACAAAACAGUCAAAAAAAAAGUUUGAAGAGUAUCUUGAAAUGGAUACAAGGGGAGGUGGUGUUUCUAUUGAGGAGGAGGAUUUGAGAUUGGAAAGGAAACUGGCAAAAAAGCUCAAGGUGAAGGAGGAUGGAAAGUUACGGGGAUUGGAUGAUGACACGAGUACGUUACUGGAGGGAAUUCCUUCUGCUGUUGAUUCUUUAGAGAAAGAAGAAACCCUAUAUGCUGAAGAAUCUUCCAAAAAGAUCUUGAAUAGUGAAACUUCACGUAAGAAGCUUAAGAAAAGUAAGUCCAUAGAGCAAGAAGUAAUGGGUGAGGUGGCAAGUGACACUGUGGAUGGAACAUCUGACCUAGUAGAUGGUGGUCGUGGGAAAAAUGAUGGCACAGAGUAG